GCGGCCGUUCCUAUUGGGUAGAUCCGCGGAAGCGAGGAUAGCACUCUGCUAACAACAACAACAACAACACUGGACUUUUGCCGAUGUUCUGCCUGUUUUGUGAGGGUUGAAAGUCACUCAUGGCUCUACCGGCUCCUCUCAGAUCCAUUCAGCACUACUUACGGACCGCGCAAGAACAUGAAAAACGAGACCCGGUCGUGGCUUAUUACUGUCGGCUGUAUGCCAUGCAGACGGGAAUGAAGCUGGACAGCAAAACACCGGAGUGCCGAAAGUUCCUGGUCAAACUCAUGGAUCAACUAGAGACGAUGAAGAAGGAGUUUAGCGACAACGAGUCCAUCACCCAAGAGGUCGUUGGGAACGCUCACAUUGAGAACUACGCCUUAAAACUCUUCCUGUAUGCUGACAACGAGGACCGAGCGGAACGGUUCCACAAGAACAUGAUCAAGUCCUUCUUCACAUCCAGCCUGCUUCUUGAUGUCUUGUCUGUAUUUGGGGAGCUGUCAGAGGAGAAUGUCAAGCACAGGAAAUAUGCCCGCUGGAAGGCGACCUACAUCCAUAACUGUCUGAAGAAUGGGGAGACACCUCAGCCGGGGCCCAUUGGCAUGGACGAAGACGAGGAAGCAGAGUUCGGAGCUGAAGGUUUCUCCAGCCAGAGCUUCUCUCAAGGGGGCUCCGUCCGGGGAAACCCCUCCCCACAGUCCUUUGAUGGGUCGGAUCAAGGGCCCCCUCCAGGAAUUGGCUUCAACGCAAAUCCGGGGUCGGUUCCGUCAGGUCCCCCAAGCACAAACUACAACAACAUCCAGAUUCCACCAGGAGCCCAUGCACCGGCCAACACCCCAGCAGAUCUACCUCCACCUGCAGCAGAAGCUGCCAAACCCAUGCCUGCUCCUCGCUCUGUGCCCGCCGUUGACCCCACACUGCUCAGUGCCCAGCAGCAGCCGGGCGGCUUGCAGCUCUCCGCCGACGACUUCACCAAGGCGCAGAAGUACUGCAAGUACGCGGGCAGCGCCCUGCAGUACGAGGACGUCGGCACGGCCAUCCAGAACCUCCAGAAAGCCCUGAAGCUCCUCACCACGGGGAAAGAAUGACUUCUUUGUCCUCCUUCAUCUGACUCCUCCUUUCCUACUUUUCUUUAGUCCUCCCGUUUUCUAUCUGUCACUGAUCUGGCCCACGGCGAGGUCUGGGCGCUGCGCACACACACACGUGCACACACACACGUGCACACACACACACACAGGACACACCAGGACAAAUCAAGGGAAACAAUGGCCGCCUGUGUCUGACAGCGGGGCUCUGAUUGGCUGGAUGACUGACUGACCGACUGCAGAACACACGGACUCGGACCGGUGUCAAAGCCUCGCCGUUGGCCUCCGUCAGCCGCCGCAGACGCACAUCCUGAUGUCCAGCGAGCCACUUCCUGCGGCUUUUCCUCACGUUCUGUCAGGAAAAGGAGCCAGCAUGCGCUCCAACCAAUCAGCUUCCAAGGAUGUCGGCUGAGCGGUGAAGCGCUGCAGAUCCGUCGGGUGGUGAUGCUGAGUGCAGCUUCGCCGCCGUCACGCCAUGACUGAGCACCAGGAAGUCCUGAGCCGCCUGUGGAGGAGAUUGAGAUGUUUGCUGCAGAUCUUCUGCUGCUUUUCGUCCCUUUUCGCUUCACAAUCUCUAAAUUUAGCGGGUUUGGGCCUUUUUCUUUUUGCUGCCGCCACUUCAUUCCACCAUGCAGAGCGCAGAUACUGAGGAGGAAAUCGUGGAGGACGGUUCCGUUUUGCUUUCAUGUUAAAGCUGACAUAUCACUGUUCUGGUUUAGUUCUUCCUAAGCAAUUAGGAAGGUGAUUUGAAGGUUUGCAGAGUUACUCACUGUUUGAAUAAAGUGUUUAAAAUGAA